GGUUAUCUCCUUUAGAGAACCGUGAAAGCGGGACUGAGAAUGGAGGAGGGAGUGCAUCACGUAGGAGAGCUGGGAAGACACCAGUGGGGUUAAAAAGAGCCACUACAAAAACAGGAAGCAAGGACUCUGCAGCAUGAAACUCCCCAGUAAAAUUCCUGCUAAAAGGGGCUCCUUCCCUGUUCUUGCUGCUCAUUCGAAGUUUCUUCAGGCCUUCAGCAUCACCUGCAUUGGUUUGAGUUCCCCUGAAUCCCCGAGCUCGAUUACGCUCUUUCUUCAGCAGGGAAUCAUUAGCAGAAUGACAGAAUCAGUGAAAAGCAUUGUACCAGCGUGGUUACAGAAGUAUUUCAAUAAAAGUGAAGAUGAAUGUGUAGAUACAAAUGAAUCUACAAACCAGGAAGAGAAUCCAGUAAACUAUCACCAUGAUUAUGCAAAUGAAGAUACCAUAGUGAUUGAUGGGAGAGUCACGCCUGAAUCAGCAAGAAUUAAUUUAGAAGAACCGUCCACGAGUAGAUCUGCAUUGAACUUUUCGGAUGUGUUAACAAGGCCCUCUCUUCAUCGGAGCCAUUUGAACUGUACCAUGUUGGAUUCCACUGUACCACAUUGUCAGCCCUCUACAUCAUCUUCACUUGGCAUUGGCAGUCCUGGACUGUCUCUUGUCAAAGAAAUAAAAGAUUCUACCUCUCAGCAUGAUGAUGAUAACAUCUCAACAACCAGUGGCUUCUCUUCUAGAGCAUCUGAUAAAGAUAUCACAGUUUCAAAAAAUACUACAGGAGCACUGCUCUGGUCCACAGAGGCUGAAAGAUCUCAUUCCCUCUCACAGCAUCCUGCAGCUAGCUCUAAAAAACCUGCAUUCAAUUUAUCUGCUUUUGGAUCUCCCUCAUCUUCACUUGGAAACACUUCUGUCUUUAAGACAAGCCAGCUGGGGGAUUCUCCAUUUUACCCUGGGAAGACCACUUACGGUGGGGCAGCUGCAGCAGUAAGGGAGACAAAAGCGCGAAUUGCUCCUUAUCAGCCACCAGUAAGAAGACAGAUGAAAGCUAAACAAGCAAAUGUGCAAUCCUAUGGUGUGACAAGUUCCACAGCACGGCGCAUCUUACAGUCACUGGAGAAGAUGUCAAGUCCUUUGGCGGAUGCUAAAAGGAUUCCGUCUCCUGUUUCUAGUCCACUGUCUUCUCCAUUGGACAGAAGUUUGCUGGAUGUUACUAGCUUCCAAUCCAGACGAAAACAGAUGGAAUCACAGCUUCCACCUGUCCAGAAACUCGUGACACCAAAGGUGGUCCCUCUGUCGAGUCGGACCCAGUAUUUUAAACCAUCUCUGAGUCCAGCUACUGAUUCCAGCAAAAUUCACCAGAGGGUAGAUACAAAGCACAAAGGCAUGAGAGAGAAAAGUUUUCCUGCAGAACAACAAGUAAAACCAUCUGAAAGCAAUUUGACCUACCACAAAUUCAGUCCUCCUGCAUCCAAUGGUCAUAUAUCAAAGCCUGGACAACAACAACAGGAAGUGGAGGAACCAGUACUACCAAGAGUACCCCUACCCAUCAGUACUGCAUCGCUGCCUUCAUUCAACUUUAGUUUUCUUGCCAGUAGUACUGUCCCAUCGUCACCAAGCACUGUUUCAACAGCAGUGAUGAACAAGGUACAACCAGCAAGUAGUGUUGGCAGUCCUGUGUUCAGAUUUUCAUCUCCAAUUGUGAAGUCUACUGAGGCAGGAGUGCUACCUCCGUUGUCUCAGAUUGGGUUUACAUUUAGCGUUCCUGUUUUAAAAUCAGCAGUGCAUUCUGGAUCCAGUGAUACGCCAGUGACGUCCUUACUUAAACUAGAUACUGCUGCUGUAAACAGUACCAGCAAUAAGAGGGAAAAAGAAGACGACUACAAUGGCUCCUCCAAACCUAUGAAGAUCUUAAAGGAAGGAAGUGUGUUAGACAUUCUAAAAAGCCCUGGCUUCACAUCUGUGAAAACACAGUCCUCUACAUGUGCACAGCCUGUUACAAGCACAGUGGUCUAUACAAGGCCUGCAAUAAGUAGUUUUUCUGCAAGUAAAGACACCUCUAAACAAGCACCCUCAUUUUGGCAGUCUGACACAUAUGACCCAUGCCUGCAAAACAAAACCACAGAUGGCAAAUGUGUAACAUGUCAAGCUGCUAAAGUGUCAACAGCUGAGAGUACAAAACAGACAAUAAGCUCAAGUCAAUGUGUUGCCUCUAAGGCACCAGUCCCUACAGCAGGGACGUUGGGCUUUGAAGACAAAUUUAAAACAGCACCCAACACAUGGGAUUGUGAUACCUGUCUGGUCCAGAACAAACCGGAAGCUACAAAAUGUGUAGCAUGUGAGACGCCAAAGCCUGGAACAGGAGUAAUGCCUGCUCUGACAUUGCCAGUGGUCGCAGACAACUCGGUGACAGUGACAUCCUCUUCCAGCAGCGCUGACACAACAGUCACUCUGGGGUUUGGAGACAAAUUUAAGCAGCCAAAAGGCUCUUGGGACUGUACCGUGUGCCUUGUAUCAAAUAAGGCAGAAGACAGCAAAUGUGUAGCUUGUCAGUCUGAGAAACCAGGGGGUUCAGUGCCUGUGACCAGUAGCAGUGUUUCUGCAUUUUCUGCUUCUUCUGGGGGAUUUCUGGAUUUAGACAAAUUCAAGAAGCCCGAAGGAAGCUGGGAUUGUGAGGUCUGCUUAGUCCAAAACAAAGCAGAAGCCACAAAAUGUAUAGCCUGUGAAAGUGCAAAGCCAGGCACCAAAGCAGAGCUCAAAGGUUUGGGGACUGCUACUGUGUCCACAAAUGCUGCAAUGCCAUCAUUUACAUUCGGUGUCCAGUCAUCCUCCUCUGAAUCUUCUCAUACUUUAGGUAGCACAGGGAAUUUUAAAUUUGGUGAACAGGGGAGCUUCAAGUUUGGCAUUGCAUCUGAAUCUGCAUCCUCCAACACUGUGACUGGGGGAUUUAAGUUUCCAGGGGACUUUAAAUUCGGAGUUUCUUCCUCAGAGUCUAAAUCAGAAGACAGUAAAACAGAAGGUAAAAGUAACAAUUUUACCUUUGGACUUCCAUCUACGAGCCAGGCUCCUUCAACGUUUCAGUUUGGGACAGCGAGCCUGGGACAGCAGGAAAAGAAAGAGGAACCAGUUUUGGGAAGCUUUGGUUUUGGCACAAGUUCUACUUCUUCCAUAGCUACCAGUGAGAAUAAAAGCGGAGGCAGUGGCUUCACUUUUGGAACUGUGGCAGAAAAGGAGGUAGCAUCAUCUGCUCUUGCAUUUAAGAAAUCAGAUGAGAAAAACGAUGAAACCCUUUCAACAAAGGGAGGCUUCUCUUUUGGCAGUGUGGAGUCUGCACCUGCCUCACAGUUUGUUUUGGGAAGGACAGAAGAGAAACAAGACUCUGCCACUUCUGCUGCCCCAUUAGCCUUUGGAAAGAAAGCUGACAAUGAGGAGUUAAAGGCACAACCUAUCUUUUCAGCUGGGACGGCUGAGCAUACCAAAGAGGAGAGCACAGCAAAACCCAUGUUCAAUUUUAGCUUCGUUAAACCAUCAGAGAAGGAAAGUGAGCAGGCAAAGCCCUCUUUUGCCUUUGGGACACAAACCAGUACUUCAGAUCAAGGAGCAGUGAAGCCAUCCUUCAGCUUCUUGAGCUCAAGUUCCUCCAGCACAGUCGUACCCACCACUUCAGCCAACAGCAGCAGUGUGUUUGGCAGCACCAUCUCUUCCUCAAAUCCUCAGCCCGUUCCCACUCCCUUCGUGUUUGGACAACCCAGCAACACUGUGAGCAGCUCUGUUUUUGGCAGUUCUGCAGAAUCUGCAGCAUCUCAGUCAUUUGGCUUCUCUCAAGAAAACAAACCAGCAACCACAACUUCCAGCACCGGCACGGCUCUUGCAUCAUUUCUCUUUGGUUCAGGAGCCAGCAGCACCAAUGCAGCAAAUUCAGGCUUUAACUUUGGAGCCACGACCACGUCAAGUUCAACAGGGUUGUCCUCUUCGUUUCUGUUUGGCUCUGGGCCUCCAGCGCCUGCUGCCGGCCCAGCAUUUGGCACCAGCCAGCCACCAGCAUUUGGCCAGAGCCAAGGGUCCAGCCAGCCAAGCGCUCCAAGUUUUGGAUCGCUGUCGACGACGCUGUUUUCAGCUGGCACUCAGCCUGCUCCUCCUGCCUUCGGCUCGGUGACGAGCAGCACUCAGCCCUCCGUGUUCGGACAGCAAGCGACCCAACAGCCAGGGUUUGGCUCCGGUACCCCCAGUGCUGGUUCUUUGUUCCAGUUCAGCAGUAAUACUUCUAGUUUCAACUUUGCAAGUAACCCCAGAGUGUUUACUUUUGGUGCUGCAAAUCCUCCCGCACCAGCAGCACCGGCACAGCCCUCUGGCUCUUCAGGAUUUUCAUUCAGCCAGCCUCCGGCAUUCACAGUGGGCCCAGUUGUCAGAAAUACGGCGCAUCAACGUAUGUCAGAUUGUCUUCUGCCUGAAAGGACUAACGGGAAGAACGUUUUCUCUGCCUCUGGAUCUUCAGUUUCUGGGCGGAAGAUAAAGACUGCAGUUAGACGUAGAAAAUAAUUGCCUGAUUGGUGAAGCAACUUUUGGAGCAGCUACUACCCCGCAUUGUUCAGUUGUUGGGAUCGUACCUCAUGCUGGGUUAGCUGAAGUCACAUCUGCCUAAAGGAAUAUAAACCCCUUUCCACCCACCCCCCCCCUCCCUCUCUUUCCUGUUAGAUUUUUUUUUUUUUUUUGGUAAUAAAUAGCGUUGGCAAGAGGGCCGUUCUCAAGCAAAACUAUUUUAGACUCCAGCAAGUUACUUCUGUCACUGACUCGGCACGGUCUGGCUGUCGCCGCGAGUAGAGCCUGCAGAGUGAAUGGCUUGUACAAUACCUCUUCAUCUGCACCACUAUGUGCGCUCAUCUGCGUUCACUGACGCCUCGGAAGUGUAAUUAUAUCGGCGAGGGAUGCUGUAUAGAGUAGAGAGUGUUGGUAACGAAUGAGUUCUAUGCUGAGUUUGUGCUGGUGUAUGUGUGAAGUGAGUGAGUUUGGGUGUAUCGUGCACUAAAAUUUUCUGAUAGAGGAAGACUGAUUACAGGAUGAUCCAUGCUAAGGACUUGUUAGAUCUGUAGUUCUUCAUUUAAUAAUGAUAUGCUAUUUCUAUAUUUUCAUUCUUACAGCCCCUUAUCACGUGUCUCGCCUUUGUUAUUUUAUUAUGAAAUGUGUAAAUACAAUUUUGUUUCUCUAUGUACUUUUUUGGCAUAACAAAUCUGUGAAAUUGAAAUUUUAAUUUUGUGUGUUGCGGCCAUUUUUGUUUAGUAUUGUCUCAGAUUUUAUGUAAAUCCCAUUAUUCAAAGUUGCCUAAAUCCAUUUAGAAAAUCUUUAAAAAUUGGGAAUUCUUAAAGUAAGUUUAUUGGCUUUUCUGAUCCAUUUUUGUUUGGACCAAAAACCAGUAUUGUACAAAGUAUUAAGUAUAUAUUUUUAUAUUUACUGAAAUGGACUGUGGUGACUUUGGAUAAUAAGGAAAAGUUUAAUAUUAAAGCCAUGUUUAUUACAGUAUAAUUAACAUGUUAAACCAUGGGAUAAAUGCCAUCAAUAAAAACUAUGAACUAUUGCCUGGCAGUUUUAACUCUUCCAGGAAGGCAGCUGCUGCUGCAACCAGGCAAGCUGAUGCCCUCAGCCUGAGUGGUGAUGGCGCUUGCUUUCUCCAACCACUGCUUUUUAACAGUGCCACCCAUGCUGAUUUUAGAGGAUCUUAAAUUAGUGAGAGGUUCCCUGAGAGAAUGGGAGAGCUUUAUUGUAGGCUUAACCUUGGAGCCAUACAUCAGUGCGUCAGCUGUCUGGCUGCAAUGGUUGCAGUUAAUUUUUAUGGAGCGUUAAAAAAAAAAAACCAAAACAAAGCCAAUGUUAAAAACAUUCACUGCCAUCCUAACUGGAGAGGAAAAAAGUAUGCUUGACUGUAAAUGAGUAAUUUAGGGGUUUUUUUUUCCACUUCUGUAGCAGUUGGAGGAGCUUCUUAGAGAACAGACGUUAUUCUAGUAAAAUGUGAGGAAAUACUCUUCUUUGUUUGGGAACCACAGCUGAACUUUUACUCCAGCCACAGCAGCCAGUUUCUGGUUGAGAUCCGAGUGCUUGCUACAGCUAGAACUGGAAAGAUGCCCAGAAGUUGCCUAAGGUUUAACACCCCAGUGCUGCUCAGUGCUGGCUGGUAUGACUACAGGUGCCAGGAUUAGGAAAUGAGAUGCUUUUCGAACCACAACCUAGACCUGACAGGAGGACAAAGGCCAACUUUUGAUUUUGUGGCAGUCUUACAUUCACUGUUUCUAUAAAUAGAAGACCAUCCCGCAAACAGCCUUUCAGACCACACACCUAAAAUUACAGACAGUCGCAGCUUGUCGCUGCGGAGGGAUUACGUGCAAUUACCUGCUUCCAGGUGUCUAAAUCUGAAAAAUGCUACAACUGAACUUUCCUGAGCUCUAUCACCUGCCAAGUACUCAUCCUACAAACAGAAAAAAAAUCUGCAUUUUCAAUGCAGCCUGCAUAAGAGACAAACUAAAAGCUAGUGGUUACAGCAGCAGUAGGUAGGCAUAUUUCCACAGACAAGCUCCGUGUCCUUGAACAGUACAUUUUUUUUCUUUACCUGCUGUGGAAGGGGUCGUAUUUUUCUACAGGGUAAGAGAUGACACUUUCUCUUAUACCUGAAUCGGUAGCAAGAAAGUUUUAGCCAAUGGUGUUGCUUUUCCCUUCUUCCCACCCCCCUCCCCAAAAUCUUGAAUCCUAGUUUCUAGGUCACUGCUACAGUAAAUAGAACGAAAGUUCUUUCUGUAUUCGUACUGAAAUUGUAAAUAGGCAACACCCUAGAAGGGACUCCAGUUAGUUCUGACAGCUUUAGCUCCCCUCAGGCCAAUUGCCAGGCCUGAACUGUUAACUUCAACGCUUCAGUCCACAGUUAAGCAAUAACCCCUCAAGUUCUGCUUCAGCUAAACGUCUUCAAGCAGGCUAAUGACUGCAGAAGGGUGCUUUAUUCAGACCUCCCAAAACAUCAUCAUUGCAAAUGGAUAUGAGAACGCAAACACAGAACAUUCUUUGGUUUAUUAACACAAUGCCGCUUGGCCAACUAAAAUACUGCAGAAUAUUAACACUGAGCUGAUUAAUUGAUUUCAGCUGAAGGCAAGAGAGAACACCAAGCUCUCGACCUGUUCUGUUGCCAACCUCCAGACCUGAGGCAGAGCAGGAACUUCAUAGAAUCAUAGAAUCGCUUUGGUUGGAAAAGACCUUUGAGACCAUCGAG